GUCGCCUCUUCAGUAUGUCGUUGCGUGUGCUGGUCUCGGGAUGACGGUCUUUCAAAACCCCCUCCCCUAACGCCGAACUGAAGGUGUACCCGCUGUCCUUCAGUUCGCCACGGUUCUAUUCCCCGGCUAGAUCAACAUGGCAGACAUCCAGAACCUUAGCACUGUAUCAAGUGCUUCGGCUGCUGCGGCUUCAUCGGCUGGGUUUUCGCAAUACGCCAACACUUCAACUUCGCUACCGCGCGAGCUGCUCGGACUCCCCCUCCGUGCCCUCUACAGAGUGGAAUCGUUCACAUUCAAUACGCUACCAAGGCAUUUCGCACGUUUGACAGGCUUGGAGGAUACAGCAUCGCAUAUCUGGAGUAGGGCUUUAAGGACCGGGUUAUUUGACGGCGACACUGCAGUGGCAGCGACGCAGACCGCAACGAAUGCUGGCGGUGUGGCAGAGGCUGCAGCACAAGAGACCGGCGUGACAUUUGCCGAUAUCUUCGACGCUAUCCGGAGGUUCGGUGGUUUUUUUUCGUAUAUCACUAGCCGGUGGUCCUUCGCUUGUUUCACGGUUGCCGUUGUAUUGAAUAGAGUCAAUAUCUAUGGAUCUACCAGACGACAUAUCUCGUUCAAUUGGACUGGGCGACUUGCCUUGCGGAUCGUUCCCAUCCUUCUUCUCUCCUUCCAGAUUCUCGCAUUGAUACGGACAAUUCGAUGCCAAACCUCCCCAGAUUACCCACUCAUUCGGUAUGGAAAACCUGGAAAAUGGUCGGUACUUGAUCUAGGCGGAACUGGGGGCUUUAUGUACCGGCUGAGUUCGGCAACUCUACCGUGGGAGACGGACCGGCAGUCCUGCAGCGCAGUGAAAAUGGUGCGGCCGACUACCACUUCGGAAGUCGCCUAUGGUUCUUUCUCGAUUCUAUGGCCUGUCUUCUUGCGGCUCUGUCUAAGCCAUUUUGUAGAGGUGCUCUCCUGCGCCCUUCAAGGGAGGACGGUUGCAGCAGAAGCUGGCAUGUCGCUCUUUGAGCAUUCGUUGGCCUUCUCUGAGGCGGAGUCGAUGAUCAGCCACUCCAUCGGGCUGGGGCUCUUUGGUCUAACAAAGAAAUCGUCUGUCAAGGGCGAUGCAGCCGUACCGUCUGAAAGUGUUUCUUCGCUCCAACACUUGACCAGGUCGGAUGUGCUGGACAGAAUGAACGUCACUCCUGAGCUGCUUCUGAUACUUGUGAUAUCCUGUUGUAAUAGUUUGUCCUCGCAUAUUCUGGAGGUUUUUGGUCAACAGAGCAGGUAUCGUCUAGCUAACACCACUGUCUGGGGUAUCUGCUACAUGACUGUUAUGAUAUGGGGGGUUUUCAGCAGCUCACCUUUUGACAGCGGGUUGGCCGCUCUUAGGUUUCCGACGGUAUGUUUUGUAGGGUUUGUGCCACAUUUACUGAUGCUGCUGGGGAUCUUGCUAUGUUUCAUGAUCUACGCGUUGGCUCUGACAAUUACUGCUUUUUCGCUGCCUCUGGAGAACCCGCAGUCAAUAUCCCUCCGGGAGAGAUUUGUGCUGGCUCAUGAGAAUAUGCAAGGUGGCCAUCAGAUUGCCAAUGUCCGUAUUAGCAGAUAUGAAGACUUCUAUGCAGCUUUGCUUAGGCUUGGCUAUGCUGCUUUGAAUGCUGCCAGCGAAGCCGUAUUCUUGAAUGAGGGACAAUCAGUUGUCUUGCGAAAAAUGACCUGGCUGGAGGAGGAUAGGCUAACAGAGAUCGAAGCAUCGCGGCGAAAUCGCCGGCUAGGUCGAAACAGAGCUGAUCUCGCGCGGGAUAUACCUCUUGGAGCCGGGAGCAGUACCAGUUUUGAUGUCCUAGAACGGCCUUCUCGGUGGGAAAGUGGCUAUAGCCGCGAGAAGAAAAUUGAGAAUGUGCCGCAUGAAUAUCGGUCACUCCGGAGACAGACCGAAUCGGGCGUUGGGGGAUUCCGGGGAGCUUCGAGAUGCUACCAAGGAAUUUCCUUCUUUCGGGGUAUUUCCAUACUCUUGUUAAGGUGGACUGCCCGUGGCAUAGAUAAAGCAUUGGAUUCGGUGGGUAUUAAAGCUCGACCUAGGUGGCUGCGGACAGCUGCUAGAUCCCACAAAAGCGCCUUCGGAAGACAAAAUAUCAGUAAAGCAGAUUCCUUGGAUUUCUGGAUUUUGACUGAGGAUGGUGAGCUGGAAUUACCAGAUGAUAACGAGUUUGACGUGGAGGAGGAAAUGAGGAAACGAGAACGUCUCAACAGGGCUCGUUGGAACCAGACGGAUGAGCGCCGGCUUGACGAGAAACUCUACACUUGGUGGAAGGCCGGUGGCUCUUGGGGGAACCAAGACCAGAGCCCGGAUUACAACCCAUCAGACGACGAUCUCGACGAUACGACGAGUGUGGUCUCCAUGUCGUCUGCGACUGGCGAUUCCGAAUGGGAAGACCAGGAAUCCGACGGUCGUCGUACACCAACACAAGCCGAUCCAUUCCCCGCGAAUUAUUCCCGGGAAAGGACACCUCUUCAUGAGACUCUUCUGGAUCCGGAUUAUCUUGCGCACCUAUUAAAUCCCCGUGAUAGAGAAACCAGGCAAGAAGCACGCAUCCUAGCCGCUCACCUUGCAGCUGGACGGGAUGGGACAGUCAUGACUCGAAGUCAGUACCGGAGACAAGUUGAACAUGAGAAGGCUCGCGUUCUGCUCUCCUCGCGCUAUGCUCACCUUGAUAGAUUGCAGCCGGGCAGUAGGGAAACAAAGCCUACCCCCGAAGAAGAAUCCGAAAUGCUGGAGAAUCUCAUCCUAUCCCGGCGAUCUGAAGCGUCUGCUUCCCACUGGCGUGGGGAUGGACAGACAUGGGCUUCUGGCGCGUCUGGUCUUGGAUCCGAUGGUCCCCUCUGUGUCGUCUGCCAGACGAAUCCACGCUGCAUUAUUACAUGGCCAUGCCGCUGCCUUUGCAUUUGCGAGGAAUGCCGAGUGAGUCUGGCGAUGAAUAACUUUGGAAGCUGCGUGACAUGUCGCCGAGAAGUGGGAGGAUUUCUGCGGCUCUGGGUGCCCUAAAUGGCAAACAGAUAUUACGAUUUCAUGCUUUAGUAUUCUUCCUUAUUGCAUUUUUUCCCAUGUAUCUUGGCUUUGGCUUGUUUUUCCAGGGGACAACGGAACUGUGUAUAGACGCAUGCCAAUUUUCUAUUCUAGUUUGCAAAAUAUUCUGUGGCAUCGACUAUUAACAUUUAUUAUCAUUAUGUCCUCCGCUGUACUUUAUACUGAUAAUAUUCCUGUGCCGUUAUCCUCUAAUGACUGGGGGGUUGGUGUUGGUGUACCUCUUUCACCGUUGUACAUACAUAUUAGGCUCCGAGUCGAAUCUACUGUUUGUUCUUCAUGAUAUCAAUCAAAAAACAAGCUUCA